AUGCAGACUGCUGCUACAAACAGUUAUGAAAGACUGUGCAAUAAGUCCAUCCAUGAAAUUUCCUUGCUACUAAAUAUUCCACAGUCAACUGUAAGUGGUAUUAUAACAAAGUGGAAGCAACUGGUAAAAACAGCAACUCAGUCAUGAAGUGGUAGGCCACGUAAAAUGACAGAACAGGGUAAGCACAUGGUGAAGUGCACAAUGCACAGAAGUCGCCAACUGUCUGCAGAAUCAAUAGCUAAAGACCUCCAAACUUCAUGUGGCCAUCAUAUUAGCACAACAGUGCAUAGAGAGCUUCAUGGAAUGGUUUUCCAUGGCCCGAGCAGCUGCAUCCAA